UUGGUGUUAUUUUUGGGUAAAAUUUGCCGACUAAAAUACACAUCAAAAUGAGUUUCAGCAUACAAAAACUUUUUAAAAGAAAAAUUUGAAAUAUCACAAAAGAAUUACUUUUCAAUAAACAAACGAAGCGAUUCAAGAGUAGUACACUCAAAUUUUUGCACAGUAAUACAGGCCAGCGGCUGUGUUCCCGCCAAAUUUACGCUAACCUUGCUCUCCCCACGCGUUAUAUAUUUUGUUUGUGUGAUUUAUGCUGGAGCUGGACUGAUAGGAGCUGUUUUUUCUUCGCUUCGUGUUGGGUGUUUUUGUUAAGUGAUUACGUUAGAACCGAUAGCAUAUUUAACGUAUUUUCCUCUUAACGAUGUCUGGUUUCGAUGAUGCUGGUGUUUUCUUCUCCGACAAUUUUGGUGCCGAAGAUCACGAUGAAAAUCAGGCUAAUUUGCAAGCUGUGAAGAAAAAGUUCAAAGAUUUCCUACGUGAAUUUCAUGAGGGCAAUUUCAGUUAUAAAUACAGAGACAAUCUGAAGAGAAACUACAAUCUUCAAAAAUAUUACCUGGAGGUGCUCUUGGAGGAUGUGGCCAGUUAUGAUGAAGCUCUUAUGGAUUGUCUCUACAAGAAGCCUUCUGAACAUCUUCCUUUGUUUGAAGAGGCAGCCAGGGAAGUGGCUGAUGAAAUCACCCCUCCGCGACCUGAGGGCGAGACAGAGGUGGAAGACAUCCAGGUCUGCCUCAUCUCCAAUGCCAAUCCUUCCAACAUCCGAGACUUGAAGUCAGAAGCGGUCAGCCACCUGGUGAAGGUGCCCGGUAUUAUCGUGGCGGCGUCCGGUGUGCGGGCCAAGGCCACGCGGCUCUCGGUGCAGUGCCGCUCCUGCCGUACCGUCAUCCCCAACCUGGCCGUACGGCCGGGUCUCGAGGGCUACCAGCUGCCCAGAAAGUGCAACACUGAGCAGCCGGGCCGACCCAAGUGUCCGCUGGACCCGUACUUCAUCAUGCCGGACAAGUGUCGCUGCGUGGACUCCCAGGUGCUGAAGAUGCAGGAACUGCCCGAGAGCAUCCCGCAGGGCGAGAUGCCGCGACACCUGCAGCUCUUCUGCGACAGGUACCUGUGCGAGCGUGCCGUCCCGGGAAACCGUGUCACCAUCAUCGGCCUCUACUCCAUCAAAAAGACGCAGGGCGCUAAGAAGCAGGACAAGGGUAAGCCUGGCGCCGGUAUCCGCGCGCCGUACCUGAGGGUGAUCGGUAUUCAGAUCAACAACGAGGGAGCCGGCAGGACAUCUACCAUCAACUUCACCCAGGAAGAGGAGGAAAAGUUCCGCGCGCUGGCCGCCUCGCCAGAUGUCGUGGAGAAGAUCGCCAAGUCGAUCGCGCCCAGCAUCUACGGCUUCACCAACGUGAAGCGAGCCAUCGCCUGUCUCCUGUUCGCCGGCUCCCGCAAGCGGAUGCCGGACGGUCUGACGCGCCGCGGUGACAUCAACGUGCUGCUGCUGGGUGACCCGGGAACGGCCAAGUCCCAGCUGUUGAAGUUUGUGGAGCGCGUCUCGCCCGUGGCCGUGUACACCUCUGGAAAAGGCUCGUCGGCGGCGGGUCUGACGGCCAGUGUCAUCAGGGACCCCCAGUCGCGUAACUUCAUCAUGGAGGGCGGCGCCAUGGUUCUGGCCGACGGAGGCGUGGUCUGUAUCGACGAGUUCGAUAAGAUGAGGGAGGAGGAUCGCGUGGCCAUCCACGAGGCCAUGGAACAGCAGACCAUCUCCAUCGCCAAGGCGGGUAUCACGACCACGCUGAACUCCCGCUGUGCCGUGCUGGCCGCCGCCAACUCCAUCUUCGGCCGCUGGGACGAGCUCAAAGGAGAGGAGAACAUUGACUUCAUGCCGACCAUCCUCUCUCGAUUCGACAUGAUCUUCAUCGUGAAGGACGAGCACGACCCCACUCGGGAUAUGACCCUGGCCAAGCACGUGAUGGGUAUCCACAUGAACGCCCUGCAGGAGAAGCCGCCCGGCGAGGGCGAGCUCUCCCUGGAGUUCCUCAAAAAGUACAUCGCCUACUGCCGCAGCCACUGCGGCCCUCGCGUGUCGGAGGAGGCCGCCGAAAAGCUCAAGAACCGCUACGUGCUGAUGCGGGGCGGCGCGCGCGAGCACGAGAACCAGUCUGAGAAGCGACUGGCCAUCCCCAUCACCGUGCGUCAACUGGAGGCCAUCAUCCGCGUCUCCGAGUCUCAGGCCAAGAUGCGUCUGCAGCCGUUCGCCACUGGUGAGGAUGUGGACGAGGCCCUCCGCCUGUUCCACGUGUCCACUCUGGAGGCCGCCACCUCGGGUGGACUGGCCGGCGCCGAGGGCUUUACCACGCAGGAGGACCACGAUAUGCUGGUUCACAUCGAGCGGCAGAUCAAGCGCCGGUUCGCGGUCGGGUCGCAGGUGUCGGAACACGCCGUGGUGCAGGACUUCCUCAAACAGAAAUUCCCCGAGCGUGCCAUCUACAAAGUCCUGCACUUCAUGAUUCGUCGAGGCGAACUCCAGCACCGGCUGCAGCGCAAGAUGCUCUACCGACUCAAGUGAGCGUCCCCUCCCUCCCUCCUCCCCCCUCCUCCUUCCGUGUCUCUUCCGGUUCUCUGGCGCGUGAAAUGUGUACAGUCGGGCGGGCGGACCUCGGUCGCCAGCACGGGGCGGCAUUGUGCUAAAUCUUCCAGUGUGAACGAAGUGCGAGAGGGCAACACUGGUGCGGUGAGCCAGGGGACCACCCACCCGGCGCAGUGGGUCUGUGGGUCUCUCAGUACAGUCCUGUGGCGAGAAGAGCGUAGCUUGUGAAUUCAUGUCAGCAGUGAGGUAUCUGCACUGGUUUCUCAUCGUUGCGUAGCCGUGUAUGGCACCAGUGGGACCAAGAGAGGACCAAGCUGCUCUGGUCACGUACUUAGGCUACAGAGCCUGUCUUUGAGACCGCCUUGUACCUUAGGAGGUAGCCCGUCUCUGACCAGGAUUGGGACCACCGGCUGAUGGCUGACGCAUUGUGUUGUCCCAGCCCGGCCGUUACAUUCCCGUCCCAUGUCCGCGGACUGAGGUGCAUGCGUGCCACGGCGCCUGAACUGUUGUAUUUGGACCGUGUACCUGCUAGUGAUGCUGCGGUUAGUUGUCCGUGCUGCCCCAGGCUUGAUACGAUGGUUUUGGCCAAAUACAGGCGCGUUUUUCUA